AAAGUGUUGGAAGUAGCAGACCGUUUGAUCAAAAUGACGGCAAGCGAAAGUCCCACGAAAUCAACGGUGCGGCUAGCGAAAACAAACACCUCGCAACAUAAUAACACCUCUACUGGGGGAGCAAGCGCAACGGCUGGAGUUGGUAGUGGUGGUGGAGGAACAGUCAUCACGAAACAAUGGUGGAAGGUAUGCUUUCUUUAUGGAGGGAACCAGGAGAAAUACUACCGCCAGAUCUACGGCAAAGCGGCAUCAGAGCGGUUGGCGGCUGCCAGUGCCAAGCAGAUGACCGUCACGUCAGAAGACACGCACGGUGGUAGUAACGAACGGGCCAGAAGCUGUAAUGCAAAUGUUAAAGUCACCGGUAAAACCGUUCUAACAGGUCCGAUGAAAAAGCUUUCACCGUCGAGUCCGUUCCGAGCGUCACCAUCAGUGAACGGUUCCGCAUCUCCUGCACUGGAGGAUGGUUUUCGAUUCCGCCAAGGGUCUCCGGUUAUAAAAUCGGCUUCCUCCCGAUCGAGUCUUGCUAUGCCAACAGUACUACCUGGACCUAGUGAGUGUUCUUCACGUCUGAAUCCUCCCGUCGGAAUUCUUCGGAAACGGGUGACAGUACUGGACGAUUUGUUCCUACUGGGCAAUAGCGUAGAACUGCUUGGCUCUGAGCUGGAGGGGGAAGUAGACGAGCAGCGGUCGGACAGUGGCAUCAACGUGGAUGCUCGGCAACCGUCACCACAGAUAGCGGCCGAAGAACAACAGCGUUUUGAAUGCCAUCGGCCUGGCAUGCGACGAACAUUUCACCUUAGCGGAGAUGAGCUACGCCUGCUCAACUUUGACCACGAGCAAGACAACGCAGGUUCUAUUCCCUAUGCUGUUUCCAACGGUACCUCUACGACGCCAGCAAUAUCUGCCCAUAAGCAACAAAUUAGUACCGCAAGCAAUCCAUCAACAUCAUCAUCAACAGCAACAACGACAACAUCGUCGUCAGCGAAGGCUUCCACCGGGAACCUGUUGCGACGGCCACUACUAAAUGCCGCUGGAAAUGCUGGUGGAUCGUUAGCGGGAACACCGAUUACAACGGGAGCUUCGGUCGCAGUGACAAGCAACAAUGAAGUGUCAUCGUUGAAUCCAUCAGUACAAAUGUCGUAUCCAUACCAAAAAUCGCAUCAUCAAUCGCAUCCGCAGAAUGGGCAUCCACAGCAUCAGCUGUUGCUACAACAACAUACCCAUCAGCAGCAGGAUAUCUCAUCACACCAUGCCCACCAUGCUCACGGGCACCCGUAUGGCUACGAUGUGGGGCGUAGUCCACUCCGAAGCCCACAAUCGCCUCCUGUGUACAGCAGUAAGCCUCCACCACCUCCACCACAAUCCUACCUCUAUCAAACACCAACCCAUCAUUGCCCUCAGCCACUCUCAGGAGCGGGCCAGCCGAACGUACCAGGCAUUCAGGGACACCAUCCCCUGACUGGUGUGGUUGGUAGGAGUGGUUCGGCGGAUUGUUUCAUGCUACCACCUCUGCAGCCCCAAUCACCGGACGGUUUGCCAACUGUGACGAACUCCAGCAGCACGGCCACGAAUGCACCAUCGUUGGGUUCUGUUUACCCGCAUCAUCAGGCAUAUUCAUCGCUCGGAUCGUCUCAUCAUCCGUUCCAUUCGCCUUCAUCGGCGGCUGCCCUCAUUGGACCAUCGAUGCCACAUCAUCCGCAACAGAUACCCUUUUCCUCGAUACAUCAACAUCUUCUCGGAAACGGCACUGGAGGCCCGUCGACGGCACUUGGUUCAAACUCGAUUGGAGGAGCCCAGGCAGGAUCUGGAAGCGUGGGGAUGAUAGGUGUAGGUGGUGCUGGUGGACCACUUGGCGGUCCUGGCACAGGAGGCGGAGGGGGUGGAGUAGGAGGAGUUGGAGCAGGCGGUGGUGGAAUCGGUGCUGGUGGCGGUAUGGGAGGUCAUAACUUCUCGCAAUCGGAUGAUGAUAGUGGUUGCGCACUGGAGGAGUACACCUGGGUUCCGCCUGGGUUACGUCCGGAUCAGGUCCAUCUGUACUUUUCCGCCGUCCCGGAGGAUAAGGUUCCGUAUGUAAACAGUAUCGGCGAGCGACAUCGAGUUCGACAGCUGCUUCAACAGCUUCCACCGCACGAUAAUGAAGUUCGCUACUGUCACUCGCUGACCGAUGAAGAACGUAAAGAGUUGAAGCUGUUCUCUGCCCAGCGUAAGCGAGAAGCUUUGGGACGUGGGACAGUCAAACAGAUAACGACCACCUUAAUUUGCGAGCGAUGUGGAGAGUAUGCGUCUUCCGGUGACAUGAUGGUGUUUGCGUCGCGGUUCGAACCCAACACCUGCUGGCAUCCGGCCUGUUUCGCUUGCUUUGUUUGCAAGGAGCUGUUGGUCGAUUUGAUCUACUUCCAUCGCGAGAAUCGGUUGUACUGUGGUCGACAUCAUGCCGAAACACUCAAACCCAGAUGCUCCGCGUGUGACGAGAUUAUCCUGGCCGACGAGUGCACGGAAGCGGAGGGGCGCGCAUGGCAUAUCAAACACUUUGCCUGUUUCGAAUGCGACAAACAGCUUGGUGGUCAGAGGUACAUCAUGCGAGACGGUAAGCCAUACUGUCUACACUGUUUCGACGCCAUGUUUGCCGAGUACUGCGAUUAUUGCAGUGAGCCCAUUGGUGUGGACCAGGGACAAAUGAGCCACGAUGGCCAGCACUGGCAUGCGACGGAUCAAUGUUUCGCCUGCAGUACCUGUCGCUGUUCAUUACUCGGUCGUCCAUUCUUGCCUCGCCGUGGUGAAAUCUACUGCUCAAUAGCCUGCAGUAAAGGUGAACCACCGACACCCUCGGAUGGCUCAUUACCAGCUGCCGCUGCCCUGCUACACGGCAACGCACGAAUCAAUCGAACUCUCGAGAAUGAGCAGGAAAGAGAAGAUGGUAAAGAAUACGAUCAUACGAACGCCAAAUCAUACCGAAAUUCUCCAUCGCAUCGGAGUACUCGAUCGCCGGAACCGCUUCGAAGUCCGGACAGGAGUACAGUGUGUCUCUCACCAUCACAUAUCGAAGCAAGCAAUGCAGAGUCCAACUUUGAUGGCAAUGGAAACGAUGAAAUGACUCUGUCUUGCUACACGGCUGCCACCAGCAUAACGACAUCUUUGUCGGCUGCAACGGGUAACACCAGCACAACACUUGCCACUACUGCCACCAACAAUACUGCCAUCGAGUCGAUAAUUUCAGCCAACGAUCAUGAAGUACAAAGCCAAGAAAGCACCAAGGGCAAAAGCGAUCGCGAGCGCCUGCUCAGUUCCGCUUCCAACGCAACAGGGACAACUUCGGACACGUCAAGUGGCGGUGUGGGUGAUUCUAACCGACACCGCAUUCCUCAGUGCUCUCCGGAAUUGAAUCGAUUGUUACACAAAGAUCGCAGUCGCCAGCCACUCGAUCUGACCGAUUUGGGCCACAGUCUUGAACAGCACUGGCAAUCGGAACGUGCGGGAAGCGAAACAAUCUCUGUUACUACGGCUGCGGCCACCGUUCGGACACAAAUAGCAACAACCGAUGGACCGAUUCUAACGACCUCCAUGCCCGAGCUGAACCGUUGUCUAGCACCAGGUAUAGGAUCGCCUCGGAUAAGUAGAACCAACAGUCCAAUGUCGAUGCCAGUACAGGACAGUGUCGUAGCUAUGGGCAAUGAUGAAGAUCUAGACGAACAAAACCAAAACGCAUCGGAUGCGUCGCAUUCUAUCGUGGAACUUCCAACGCCUCCGCCAAUAGUUAUCAAGAAGGAAGUACGAUUCGAGGGAGAUUUCCAGGACUCGUUACCCCGUACAAAGAGCUAUUGUCAGCGUAACGGCGGACAGCGUAAUCGAACAGCGAAAUCAUCCAAGCGAAGAUCAGAUUAUGAUCGCUAUGAGCACGGUUCCUCAUCAUCCCGGCGUCAUCAUCACUCAGUGUCACAGCAACAACAUCAGCACGAUCGGCACGAUCGCACUAGUGAUCGACACGGUUCCUCUAGCAGACGUUCCCCUCGUCGUCGACGCCAUAAUACUCGCGACGAGCCAAGCCAUCGGAGAAGCUAUGCCUCGGAUGAGGAUGAGCUGGAAGAGGACGAGACUGACAACUACCGCCGACAUCAUCAUUCCCAUAAUCGGGAACAGCGAUCGAUAGAUGACUCGGACGUACGCAGCGUUUGCUCCACAUGUUCAUCCAGCUCUUCCAGUGCUGAUGACAAUGUGUACGAGCUGCCUCUCCGACGCACGUCGUACGGGGGUACUCGGAUACACUAUAUGCCAAACAAUUCGCUGGCGUGUGCCAGAAAACGGAAGCAGCUGCAGAUAGCUGGUGUUGGUAGUCAACAUUAUGAGAAGGACAAUAAGAACUGUAUCAUAUCGUAGGUAAGCAGAUCAUAAGUGUGUUGUGUUGUCCCCUGUUCCAAAACUGUUACAUAUCUUCCUUGUCUGGUGGGGCGUUUUCCCGCUGCUAGAUUCACGAAUUUGAACGUGAAAGCAAUAUUACUUCAAUAAGAAGCGAAUGGUCGAA